CAUAGCCACUGACUCAGGACUGACUGAUAGCAUUUAAGUAUUGGCUUCCGAAAAGGUUUUCUCGGGGAAAAGGGAAAAACUGGAUGUAGAGGGCAAAGAAACCGUUUAAUAUAUUUUUUUAUAAAGAGGUCGCGAGCUAUAACAGCCGUGGUCGCUUACAUCUACGGCACUGAUUGAAGCUCGGAGUCGGUCAAGUGCGGUGAACUUUGGGUUUAUCAUUUUGUCGUUGUUUUAUAGUUUGCAACUUUCUCAGGAUACUUUGAACUGCUCUCCAAUAGGCAUUAUCACGACAGGAGGUUAUUAACCUACUGGUUUUGAACAUGUUAGCUGUAUAUUACUUACUAAAAAACAUGUCUGCGAUAGACCCACUUUGCUGAGUAGGCAUUGCUAGAGGCAUUGUGGCUCUUUUGUAAAGUGCACUUUUAAGGUUACUAAAAAGGCAGAGAUUUGAUGUUAAUUAAAUGAGACGUGCGCUCUAGUGGGUCACUCCCGCUAGAGAUAACAGAGCACAGUACGCAACGAAAGGUGAGACGGUCUGUUAACGCUGUAACACAACUUCAAGGAGAAAGCUGCAUGGACUCAUAGGUUCACAUAUGAGUGAAGACAACUCACCAACAUGUAUGGAGGGUCAGUUUGUAGUGCGGCUCUGACUGUAACAUUAGAAUGGAGCUCUUUUCUAGGAUACACGUGCACUGUUGAAGACUGUCGUAGAUUUCUUGCUAAAGAAUAGUUUGUACACACUUUUCUUCAGAGUUUUUACUACUUUUACCAAAAACCCUGCAAGCAAUAACUCGCCAAAGAAAUCGUUCAUUACACCGUCGGGAUUAAACCACGACCAUCUGCGAUUGUUUUUCCUCGCGCCGGUACGAUGGCCUCCAAAUCGCUGAACAUCUUCUUCUGGUUGCUCUGGAGACGGACCUUCCUCGCGGUGUGGCUGUGUGCGCUAGUGGCGCGUGGAGGAGCGGAGGAUGACAGCGCCUUCAACUCAGAGUCAUGGCUGAGGAUGUACGGUUACCUGCCCCAGGCCAGCAGACAGAUGUCCACCAUGCGAUCAGCUCAGAUCUUGUCUAAUGCAAUCAGCGACAUGCAGGGGUUCUACAGCCUGGAGGUCACUGGACAGAUGGACCCUCAAACAGUCAGUGCCAUGCAGAGACCCCGCUGCGGUGUGCCUGACAAGUUUGGAGGCCAGAUCAAAACCAAUGUGCGACGGAAACGCUAUGCCCUCACGGGACAUAAAUGGAACAAGAGCCACCUCACUUACAGUAUCCAGAACUACACUCCCAAGAUUGGAGAGUAUAACUCAUACGAAGCCAUCCGUCGGGCGUUUAAAGUCUGGCAGAAGGUGACCCCAUUGACCUUUGAUGAAAUCCCCUACCAGGAGAUCAAAUAUGGACGCCGCAAGGAGCCUGACAUUAUGAUCUUUUUCGCUUCGGGUUUUCAUGGAGACAGUUCACCGUUUGAUGGGGAGGGGGGCUUCCUAGCUCAUGCGUAUUUCCCUGGACCUGGAAUGGGUGGGGAUACUCACUUUGACUCGGACGAACCAUGGACCAUAGGAAACCAGAACGUACAAGGUAAUGACCUCUUCCUGGUUGCGAUCCAUGAGCUGGGCCACGCCCUUGGUUUAGAGCACUCCAACAACCCACUGGCCAUCAUGGCUCCCUUUUACCAAUGGAUGGAGACGGAUGACUUCCAGUUGCCUGAGGACGACCGGCGCGGCAUACAGCAGAUCUAUGGUCAAACAAACAGCGGCCCCACCCAGGCCCUGCCCACCGUGACGCCACGUCGCCCGGAACCCAGGCCCCCACAAACUCCUCCUCGGCAUCCUGACCGCCCCAGGACCACUGAGAGACCAGAUCACUACGGGCCCAAUAUCUGUGAAGGGAACUUUGACACGGUUGCUAUGCUCCGAGGAGAGAUGUUUGUUUUCAAGGGCCUGUGGUUCUGGCGGGUGCGUAGGAACAGGGUUCUGGAUAACUACCCCAUGCCCAUCAGUCACUUCUGGAGGGGUCUGCCUGGAGACAUAGACGCUGCCUACGAGAGACACGACGGCAGGUUCGUCUUCUUUAAAGGAAACAGAUUCUGGCUUUUCAGGGAGGCUAACUUGGAACAGGGCUAUCCAAUGGAGCUGGUUGAUUAUGGUCAAGAUAUUCCCUAUGACCGAAUUGACACAGCCAUCUGGUGGGAGCCAUCCGGCUACACUUACUUCUUCCAAGGAGACUGGUACUGGCGCUUCAACGAGCAGUCGCGCUUGGCUGACCGAGGCUACCCGAAACCAAUCAGCAUCUGGGGAUCGUCAGUGCCCUCUUCUCCCAAGGGGGCCUUCCUCAGUGAUGAUGGAGCGUACACCUUCUUCUACAAGGGUUCCAAGUACUGGAAGUUUGACAACCACCGCAUGAAGAGUGAACCGGGCUACCCCAAGUCCAUCCUGAGGGACUUCAUGGGUUGCAGCGUGGACCUUGACCCAGACAGAGACACAGAAACAGACUCAGGGCGCAAACACCCAGAGGUUAACCGGCCACCGAUCAACCCUGACGCAGACGGACGUGACGGUGACAAGGGCAAAGACCGGGAGGGAGCGGAUGGCGGUGGAACGGACAAAGACCCGGGCAAAGGGUCGGACAACGACAAAGAUGAAGACUACCGUGAGGGUCGCGAGGAAGACACCAACGAGGUGGACGUGGUGCUGAAGGUGGACGACAGCGAGGAGCGGACCAUGCACAUCCUGAUGGUAACCAUCCCCCUGGUCCUGGUGCUGUGCAUUCUAGGACUGAUCUACGCCAUCAUCAACACGCUGCAGAGCAAAGGGGCGCCGCGGCUGCUGGUGCACUGCAAGCGCUCACUGCAGGACUGGGUCUGACCCUUGACAUGAAGGGACACUGAACUUUGAACUUAAAUUGGACCUUAGACAGCGCGCUCCUCUAAUCCUGGGCUCUUCCCAGUGACCCAUCUGUCACACGUCUCUGUGCUCAGUGGCUCCUGCAACUCUUAGUACAUGUGGUAGUAGAUCAAAUACUGUGCACACGCAAACUAGAAGCAAGCAUACAUUGUGUCUUACUUAUACAUACACACACUCACCAUCCAAACCUCCUCCUGUCCCAUGGUGCUCUACAAUGCGUUGACUGUAGUCUAUUUAUAUGAGAGAAGUUUGCACAUUGUUUUUUUUGUUCAUUUUGUGGGACUUUUUGUUAUUAUUAUUAUUAUUAUUAUUAUUAUUAUUAUUAUUAUUUCUAAACCAGGAAGGCCUAUCUCUCUCCCCCGUCUCUGCACAGCCUUCCUCCCCCUCUAUCUCAGUAGGGUCUUUGUCCUCGCUGGUGACUUAACAUCUGCUUAUGCUAUCACAGUUGCCACAAAAAAAAAGAAAUGCAAACGGUUAGAAUAGAGCGUUUUUUUAGACCGACCACUAUGCUUCAAGAAGGGUUUGGAAGUUUUCCUUCCUUCUCUCACCAUCUCUUCCCUUGUCUCUGCAGUACAGUAUGUCAUGGGGUGGGAGGUGAAGUCAGAGAGAAACAGGGUUUGGUCACAUUUACGUUUAUUUGCCUGCCAUGAGCCCAGAUAUUAUCCUCCCUUUGUAACUCUGAAGGUUGCAUCAGAGAAUAAAGGCACCACUUUAGUUUUAAAGGAUAAUUCCACUUUAUUACAACUUCAAUCUUAUGUUCAAUGGUAAUAAUAACAUCAUGGUAGUUGCUGAGAUGUGGGAAUGUGGCUACAUUACUAAAAAAGAUGUCGAUCUUACAGCCUGAAAAUAAACCCCCAGGUAAGCCAAAUACAAUGUUUAAGACAGUCUGUCUAACAUGGGGGCUGUUUAAAUGAAUAGUUUGAUAUUUUGGGAAAUACACUUAUUUGUCCAUUUUUGUCAAAAUAACAGAUAGAAAACGUGGCUAUAAAUAUAAAUGUUGUUAUUAACAGUAACUUCAGACUACUACUGCCUUGUUUGUCCGCUUGUCCGUCUUUAUCUUGUGCACAAUAGGUCUACCUAUCUUUUUUUUUUUUUUUUUGGAAACCAUUUAAAGAGCAGUUACAGACUUUAAAGUGGGUCUCAUCCCUUAACUUUUAUUUAUGUGGCUAAUUCUCAGUGCGCUUCCUUUCUGUCAACACAAGUGCUCUGUGCUGGGUAGGAGACAAACUAAUGUUUGAUUUUAAAAAGUCAGCUCACUGUGAAAUAACACAAGAAAGAGAGCAUUCAUUGUUUCUAUGUGUGUGUGACAAAACACGGGAGAAACACAGCUUCAGAACAGGAUGUAGCAGCACAGCAGUGGCAUGGUACAGCUAAUGUACCAUGCAGUUUGAAAUGGACUUUUUACGGCUAGCUUUAUUUUGGAAGGACAAUUGAAGAUAUCUGUGGUCUAUCUGUUGUAAAUAUUGUAGCUGUGAGCACCAGGGUGGGCUCGGUCCACACAGGCUCAUGUGAACACAGACUAAUCCUCUUCAUUAAGAAACAGCAGGUGUGUGCAAAUGCUGUUCACCUCUAUGACCCCUAAACUAAACCUUGAACUCCCAGAAGCAAACACUCUCCACUCCCUUUUCAUCUCGCAAGAACAGAGAUGGGUCGAAUGGGAGUGAGGGCACAGACAAAUGUCCAUCUUAACUACUCAUUAAAUCGGUAUUAAAAAAUAUUGCAUGCAAUUUUCCUGCUGUUCCUGGCAGCCAUUGGUUUCCAUUUAUUUUGUAGAGAAUGAAAAGCUGACAGAACUCUUACAAGUAGGGGUGUGACAAUAUACCAGUGUUCAUAUAGAAAAAAAAAAUAUAUUGAUACCAUGUUUAAAUACAAUAUUUAAAUAAUAUUGUGUAAAUAAUCCAGCGCCUCUUAAAUCAUUUCCAUUUCUUUCUUUUCUCCGCUCUGUUAGUUCAUCUGGUUACCUUUUCACAGUCCAUUAGUGUAAUUGUUCUUUGUCCACCUCCCCACACUCGUGUUUUGAGGGUAAUUCAUUUGUCAAAAAAGAGACAAAAUGCACAAUAAACUCUUUUAAAUAGGAAUUAGAAUUUUAAAAUCAUUAUCGUGAAGUCUUUUGGUAACGAUAAUCUCGUAGUGACAAUCUGAUAUCAUGACAGUCUUAAACUCAAUCAAGUUUUUUAGAGUUUGCUGAUUUUUGUACUGUACAGAAAUGAAUGGAAACUAAUAGCUGCCAUGGAAACAUUCAUCAAAAUAGAAGACAAAAUAUAUUCAUCAAAGAUAAGAUCAUUUCACUUUGACCAGUUUCUUGAGUCAGGUAACUUUACCCAUAUCAUUGUGGAACGAGGAGGCAUUUCAUUGAGACACGUGCAUCACCAAUGGAAAUGAUCUCACCAUUGCUCGUUUUUCAAUAAUAAAACGAUUAAAAAGAGUUUACAAACCAACCUAAGACUGAGAGAGAGAGUAGGACCGGACCACUUUACAGUGCAACUUUAAAUGUAACUGAGGAAGGCUUAUCUGAGGCAGCAAGCGGCCAAUCUGACCAGAGGGGGUUCAGCUCACCCGGCUCAGGUUACAGAUGUGGUCGGGGAGGGUGAGGAGAGACUGGAUUUCUUUCAACUGAGACAAGGGAAGGGGGAGGGAGGCUGACCUCGUCUCCCUGAGCUUGCAAAGCUUGGAUCUCAGGAAUAAGGAGGGGUGAGAGACAGUGAGAAAGAGAAAAAGAGAGAGAGAUCGAGCGAGGACUUUGAUGGCUCUAUCUCACUGGCAACAGCUCAUGUGACCCACAUUCUCCUGCUGGCUCAACAACAGUGCUAGCCAAAGAGGAAACAUUAGCUUACUGUAGGUGACAGAUGGUUUUUUGCUUUGCUUGUAGUUCUGAAUGUACGCCAUUACAUGUUUAAAAAAGUUGAAAAGAUUAAUAUAAACUGAAUAUAUUUGAGUUGUGGACAAAACGUUUGGGGUCGUCAUCUUGGGCUUUGAUCGACAUUUCUGACAUGUUAUAGACCAAACAACUAAUCGAUUAUAACGAGACAAUAAUCAUUUGUUGCAGUCCUAGUUUAAAAAACUGCAUAUUAAUUCCAUCUGUGCCUCACAAGCAGUAGCAGUUUUGCUUCAUCUGCUUUUCUUUUGUGCCAGUCAGACUGUGUGUUGACAGGCGGUGCGGAAACACGACACUGCUGUUCUGUUACUUCACCUCCAGCUGCAGGUGCAGACAGGUUGAGGUGAGACACCUACGCACUCAGAGGUAAAGUUAGCAGGACACUUGCUGAAAGGAAGAAAAGGAAGAGCAUAAUCAGCCGUCACCAGAAGUCUGGUGAUUGAUCUGUGGCCAGUCAAUAGUGGUUGCCAGGAAACGGUGUCCUGUGUCCAUCGCUCACCUCCUAGCCAUCAGGGUUGGAGGAGAAGGAGGGGGGGGGGGGGGUUGGCGGACGUAGCUAAUCAGCGUUAAAAGCACCCCCACCCCCCUCUGCUCUCUCCUCUCCUGUUCUGCUCUUCCUUUGGCCCUACAGGCACAUCAAUGCUUAGACAGCCGAGUGUCUGGACAGGCUCAGCUAAUGUCGACUCAUUGCAGUAGACACAACGCUGUGUGUGGAGUUCUUGUUUAUCAGCCAUCCUUUUCUCCUCUGUAACCCCCAUACAGCAAGCCCACAUGGAGUUAACCACUUUAAAGUUGAAAAAGUCUAUUGUACCUGCGUUUUCUGUACUUUAAAUCACAGUUUUUUUGCGAUUCAGCAGUUUCAGAGAUUCUCUGCAGGGGGACAGUGAGGGGGAGUCAUUGUCUUAGGACAGCAAGCAGAAGAAGAAUAUUGUACGGUGUGGAAAGGAAGCCGGCCAGGCUGAUUGAUGCAUGUUUGUGUGUGUCGAGGUGUUUAGUUAAUCAGCUCUACUCCAUAAGCGAGGCCUGUUUUCUGACUGUAAAUCUCCCACACUCUCUCUAUCUCCACCCCUCCACAUACUCAGCCCAGCCCGAGGGGAUCAUAAUAACAACAAUGGCCUCUCUCACACACACACUCUCUCCUCCCCCCAUUUUCUUUCUCCCAAAUACACACACAAACACAUUAUUGUCUUCCCAACCUCACCUUCCUCCCCCCUCUCUCCUCCACCCAUUAGAAAACUAGUCCAGGCCAAGGUCAAGCGUUUUCAGAUCCACCUCUUUGUUCAGCAGCUUUGAAUACUGUGGAAGGGUUCACUUAAAAACACUGUACCUGUCAGGCUUUGAGUCUGUUGAAUGCAGACUCGGCAACAGGAUGUCACAUUCAGAUUUCAAGUUGCCAAGGCUGAACUUCUUCUAUGUUAAUGCUCUGUUUGUUUUGAAGUACAGGGCCUUGAUGCAAAGUUUAAGUAAGGUUAGGAUAUGGCUGAGCAUGUUUGAGCUUCCAUCUCCCUCAGGAUGUGUUUCUGUAAACACUGCCUGUGAAACGUUCCUCAUUCAGCUCUGCUGUUCUGUUCUUUAAACCUUUUUUGUCUUUUAUUUUAAUGAACAUCUCUGUUAAAAUCUCCACAAUCACUCAGAAGGCAGGUAUUCUUCUUGCUGUGUCUGUGCACUUUUUGUGUUCCAGCUUCCCGCGGUUGGUGUGUGUCUCUGCACUUCCUAAUAACUCAAACUCAAACUCCAAACUUCAAGAGGUCAUUGCAUCAGCCCUGUAUAAAGUCUGAACUCCACCGGAAAAAAACUAGAUCAAUAAAUAACGGACUGAGAAGAUCAAAACUAAAAGAAGUAAAAAGUAAACUGACAUACACCACGACUGUGUUCUGUUUCACUUCCACUUGGGUCAACUUUGUGGCUUAUAAUGGCUCGAACCCAAAAGAUCAUGGGUUAUCCAGAUGCUUCUCUUUUUUCCCCAGAGUGCAUCUCACCUCGCUCGUUGAACUCAUUCACUCUGAAACCAUUCAUUUUAAAUCACCACUCGGCUAACUCACCGCAGGGAUGAGACAGACAAAUGACUUUGAGCAUCUGUGUCGUCGCUCUGCCCCGGUUGAGUGCUCGGAUCGGCUCUCAUGGUGCUUAGGACAGGCAUUGAAACUGUUGAGCAGUCCACUCGAGAAAACUGUUUUCAUCCACUUACUGCAGCUACAGUAGACAGUAGAUUGUGUUGGAUUCGGUACUGGCCGUUGAUAGUGGAACCUGGCAUCUCACAUUCGGCCUCUUCAUCACUACUUGAGAAACGCUUCAGGAACUUUCUGAAAAAACUCGUCAUCACCAUCAUCCCUGACUGGGAUGAGAUACAAAAAAAAAAAAAAAGUAGCUGUCAAUCAAAACAGAUGAGGUUAUUGUUUGUCUUUGAUAAUCGUCUUUUUUUAUUUUGUGCAUUUUCUUUUCUCUCAACUUGAUAGGACAUUUCUUUUGUUUAUAACAUUCCAAUAGUGUUUUUUGAUUGCUUGAUAGUGGGGGUUUUUCUGUAGAAAAUGUAAUAUUUUAUACAUUUGUGUUGUUGUGUGAUCACCUCUAGUUGAGUGUGUUAACAAGCCAUGCUGGACAUGUACACAUUAAAAAUUGCUCUGAAAAUA